AUGCCAGUUCUGGACCAGGAGCCCUCCAUAGGGGGCGGAGAUGGUCUUCCAAAGCUGCCGCUCCCCGCCCUGAAAGACACACUGGACAUGUACCUGCGGUGUAUGAAGCACCUGCUCACAGAGGAGCAGUUCAACAAGACUCAAAAUAUAGUGAAGCAGUUUGGAGCCCCUGGAGGAGUGGGGGAGCUACUACAGAGCAAACUCAUGGAGAGGAGGGAGAACAAGGCAAACUGGGUGUAUGAAUACUGGCUGAAUGACAUGUACCUGAACAACAGACUGGCUCUGCCCGUCCACUCCAGUCCUGUGAUGGUCUUCCCUAAGCAGAACUUUAGGGCUCCCAUCGACUCUCUAAGGUUUGCUGCACACUUAAUUUCUGGAGUUUUGGAGUACAAGACUCUCCUUGAUGCACGUGCACUGCCCGUGGACUACGCCCGGGGCCAGCUGGCUGGAACUCCUCUAUGUAUGGAGCAAUACUAUCGCCUCUUCUCUUCCUACCGUCUACCGGGGCCUGAGAGGGACACACUAGUGGCCCAGGAGAGUAGCGUGAUGCCAGAACCUGAACACAUCAUUGUGGCUUGUAAAAACCAGUUCUUUGUGCUGGAUGUGGUGAUCAACUUCCGCCGACUGAAUGAAAGAGACCUGCUGACUCAGCUGGAGAAGAUCGCCAGGAUGGCUGGCAGCGAAGAAGAGCGGCUCCCACCUAUUGGUCUUCUCACUUCAGAUGGACGGACAGAGUGGGCCGAGGCUCGUAGUGUGCUAAUGAGAGAGUCUACUAACAGGGACUCUCUGGACAUGAUCGAGCGUUGUCUGUGUCUGGUCUGUCUUGAUGACGCCACUGGGCCUGAGCUAAGUGACACCACACGUGCCAUGCUGAUGCUGCACGGCGGAGGAGUGGCCAAGAAUGGGGGCAACCGCUGGUAUGACAAGCCGAUGCAGUUUGUCGUAGGAGCUGAUGGCUGCUGCGGAGUCGUGUGUGAACACUCACCAUUUGAAGGAAUUGUACUAGUGCAGUGUACAGAGUAUCUACUCAAAUACAUGAUUGGCAGCCCAUCAAAGCUGGUGAGGGCUGCAAGUGUGAGCGAGCUGCAUGCACCACGCAGACUCCGCUGGAAAUGUACUCCAGAGAUUCACAAACUCCUCGCCUCUUCCGCUGACAAACUACAGAGGCUGGUGAAAAAUCUGGACAUGAAUGUCCACAAAUUCCACGAUUACGGGAAAGAGUUUAUCAAAAAGCAGAAAAUGAGUCCAGAUGCCUACAUCCAGGUUGCUCUUCAGUUAGCCUACUACCGAUGUCACCGCAGAACAGUGUCGACGUAUGAGAGCGCUUCUAUACGGCGUUUUCAGGAAGGCAGAGUGGACAACAUCCGCUCAGCCACACCAGAAGCCAUGGCCUUUGCAAAAGCAAUGACUGAUGGGGAACUAAGCACAGGCGAUACAGAAAAGAUGGAGCUGUUACGAGAUGCCAUAACUUCACAGACAAAUUAUACUAUUCUGGCUAUUACAGGGAAGGCAAUAGACAAUCACUUACUGGGACUUCGUGAAAUUGCACAUGAACUGAAGAUGGAGAAGCCAGAAAUAUUCAAAGACGAAGCCCAUCUCAUCAGUAAUCAGUUCAUUCUCUCUACAAGCCAGGUCCCUACUACUGUUGAGAUGUUCUGCUGCUACGGACCUGUGGUUCCAAAUGGCUAUGGAGCAUGCUACAACCCUCAGUCAGAGCACAUUAUCUUCUCUGUGUCCAGUUUCCACGAGAGCCUGCAGACAUGUUCAGCAGAAUUUGUCAAGUGUCUGGUGCGCGGACUCCUGGACAUGAGGGAUCUGUGCAAUAAAUGUAACUCCAGCUCCAAUCCGACCGAGCAAAGACGGGGUCAGACGCUGGAGACGCACACGCAAACAGACACAAACUGGCAAAACAAAACACCGCAGCAGAGACCAGCUGACCUGACCAAGAAUCAGCAUCCACUGCCACAGGUUCUGCUGGAGACACCGGACCAGACUAAAGUAGAGGCUCAUACCAAGACUCCAUCACAGGGAGAGGCACAAGCUUUAAAGAAUGGAAGUCAAUCAUAG